AUGGUCUUGGAGAUGAUCACAGGUUAUGUCGCAGACACGCUACCAGGCACGGAUCAUUUCAAAAAGCCUGGAGCGAUGCUCAUACAGGAUGCUCCGUCCCACAUUCCCUUUUCAAAUAUACUUGAGCAUGGAGACAUUGUUCUCCUGCUGACACCGGUCGUCCGCCCUGUCGAAGAGGGCUCAACACAGGACCCUUUCGAGCCCCUCGGGCGAGGGCUGGCCAGGUACCACCCUUGGAUUCGGCACGUUCCGUACACAGCUGUGGCCGGCAUCACCAGCACCCAUGUUGCCUUCAUCAAGAGGGCAAAGAUUGUGGUGUUUGUUAUUUCGGGGCCACCUAGCCAAGGACAGCCUUCACAGGUGGCACUGUCUAGCAUCGCACAGGCGGCAGGGGAGCAUCGCCCACACGUCGUCGUGGCCUGUUGCGAUGUCCAGGAACUUGAAGAUGCAACGGCCUUAUUCCCAACGAUUGUGCAGCUCCCUGGCUACUCACGACAUGACUUGGACAUUGGGGCCGACAUUCUCUAUCAUGGCCAGUCAAGGCAGACCGCACCGCCGACGGAAACGCCGAGUGUGCAGCCCAAAGAUUUCACGCAGAGGUGGGUUGUCAAAGGAUUCAAUGUGGCGACCGACCUGCAGGCGGUCUAUGAGCUUUGGUGCCAAAGCAUGCCAGCACAAUUCGGUCUCACCCGGCACCGUCUCAUGAGCCUUUUGCAACGAGAUGGCUACGCAAAGCACUUGGUCGCCCGCAGCUCGGAGACCGGUCCCGUCCUGGGAUUCUGCGCCACUUACAUUACCUACUUGGACAGCAAGGGAGAAGUCCUCGUGGGGUCGAUCGCGGCAAUCAUCGUCGAGGCAGAGCACAGGGGCCGGGGUAUCGGUCGGUUAUUGCACAAUGAGGGCCUAAAGGCAUUCUCAAAGACACGGGGUGUCAGUCGGCUGCAGUUAGGCAGCACCUUUCCUCGACUUCUGUAUGGCCUGCCCGUUAAUCACCCCUCGGAAGAGUGGUUCAGACGACGUGGCUGGAACAUGGACCGCACUGCACCCGGCACGGGACAAGAAGUUGCAGACUGGGUGCUUGCCUUCAACGAGUGGCCGACCGGUGGAUUCCCGCCCAUUGGGGUCACUUUCCGGCCCUGCGGAGAUAUGGACUUUGACAUGGUUCUGGAGAUCGUCGAGCAGGAUUCAGAGCGGAACGGUAACAUGGCCUGGUACGACCAGUACGCAAAGCUGGCUGAUUCGAUGUCCAUGAGCGACAUCGUGAUAGGCCUGCGGGGAGAUGCUAUCGUCGCGACAGCCAUUACGUACGUCGCGCGCUCUGAGAACCCGUCUGCGGACGAUAUACCCUGGGCUGGUCUGAUUUCAGAGGAUACGGGGGGUGUUACGUGCAUUUGCAUUACAGAUAACGACGGGUCGAGCAGAGACGCGGUCAUGGUCAGGCUCCUUGACGCAUGCGUCCAAGGCUUGCGUCAGCGGGGCAUGGGAAGGAUGUAUAUUGAUGCGGCGAAAGGGGGCGAUGCUGGAUUUCAGUCCAUAGGCUUCCAGAAAUGGGCCAGAUACAGGGACAUCUGGAGAGAUGCAUAA